AUGCUAUCAUUCUGUGACUAUUUUUGGUCUGAAGACCUCGUCUCUGGUCUAGAGGUGCUUUUUGAUAGGUUGUACCAUGGUUGUGAACAAUGCGACUUGUUCAUUCAAGUAUUUGCAUCAAGAAUGCAAUUUGAAGUCAGUCACGGAAGGCAGCUCUUUGGCAUAGAAGCAGGUAUGGACAACUUAAAGGUGGUGCAAGAAGACGAGCAUGAAGGUGUAACCGUCUCAAGGGCCUUGAGAGGAAUCUUACAGGAGAUAUCUCAAGAAGGGACGCAUCACUUGACAAUAGCGUCGAACAUAGAAAGUUUGGUGCUACAACCAUUCAGUAAGUGGUGCGUUGAACAUAGAGAAAGGAUCCAGUAUUCCGAGAAGACUUUGCUAGCCAAUGUGAACAAUUUCAGGAAGUCUAAGAAAUAUGUCAGUAAGCUGGAAAAGGAGUAUUUUAAUAAAUGUAGGCAGUUGGAAGAAUUUAAAAGAACUCAUUUCAACGAGGAUGAGCUAGCUAACGCUAUGGAAUCAUUGAAAAUACAAAACAAAUACGAAGAAGAUGUGGCUAGGGAAAAGGAUCAUCAAUUUUUCAAAAGAAUAGCAGGAAUGGAUUUUGAUUACAAAACCAUGAAAGAAACUCUUCAACUACUAUUGACCAAACUGCCCAAAACGGACUACAAACUACCUCUUAUCAGUUAUUCUCUGAGCAACACCAAUAAUGGUGGCGAGAUAACAAAGUUUCUGCUUGACCACAUGUCAUUAAAGGAUACCGACCAAGCUGAAACGUUUGGCCAAGAUUUGUUGGAUUUGGGAUUUUUAAAAUAUUGUAAUGGUGUUGGUAAUACCUUUGUGAACUCCAAAAAAUUCCAAUAUCAAUGGAAGAAUACCGCCUACAUGUUUGCCAUUGUGCCAAUGCCUGGUUCGGAAGACUCUGUUGUUGGUGAAUCUUUAGUAUCUCGGUUUAAUAACUGGGACGGCUCAUCCGCUAGGGAAAUGACUCAGUCGAAGAUCGAUAAUGGCCAAGUAGCUACAAAAAUUCAGGCUCCCCAUAUCUCCGAUAGUGAAAAGACGCUUUUUAGAAUGAUGAACGCGCUUACUACGUCAGACAAGAAAUACUACCAGGAAUGUUUCAAGAUGGAUGCUUUGAGAUGCUCUAUUGAGGAGUUAUUGAUUGAUCACUUGUCGUUUAUGGAAAAAUGUGAGUCUGAUAGAUUGAAUGCAAUCAAGAAAGCAACGUUAGAUUUUUGUUCCACUUUAGGUAAUAAGAUUUCUUCAUUAAAAUUGUGUGUAGAUAAAAUGCUUAAGCUAGAAAACGAAAUCGAUCCCAGUGCGGAUCUUUUGCAACUUUUAGUCAAGUACAAGACGGGUAGUUUCAAACCUCAAGCCAUUGUUUAUAAUAAUUACUACAAUCCUGGCUCAUUUCAAAACUUUGGCGUUGAUUUAGAGACUCGCUGUAGACUAGACAAGAAAAUUGUUCCGUUGAUCAUUUCGUCGAUAUUUUCUUAUAUGGAUAGGACGUAUCCUGAUUUACCUAGUGAUAAAGUAAGGAUAUCGAUUUGGACUGAUUCAGUGAAACUAAGUUCAACACAUCAACUUCGAAAUCUUUUGAACAAACAACAAUUUUACAACGAAGGAGAAGUGUUUGAUAUACUCUCUAAUUCCAAAUUGGAACCAAGUACAAUUGCCAGUGUUGUUAAAAUUUACCUAUUAGAAUUACCGGAUCCACUGAUCCCUAAUGACGUAUCGGAUAUUCUUCGGGUACUUUAUCUCGAUUAUCCACCUUUAGCUGAAGCCCCAUUAGACAAUUCCAUUUCACUCUCAGGGAAUCAACAGGAUGACGAAAGUGAAGAAAGCUUGGAUACUAAGAGAAUAAGAGGCCUUUAUACAACUUUGUCUUCUCUAAGCAAACCACAUAUAGCGACACUAGACGCUAUUACCACACAUUUUUACAGACUGAUUAAAAUUUUAAAAAUGGGCCAAAACGGCAAUGAAGUAGCUGAUGAGUUUACAGUAUCUAUUUCACAAGAAUUUGCCAAUUGUAUUAUCCAAUCAAAGAUAACAGAUGAUAAUGAAAUUGGUUUCAAGAUAUUCUAUGAUCUACUGACACAUAAGAAACAAAUUUUUCACGAGUUAAAAAGACAAAAUUCAAAAAAGUAG